AUGAAUCCUGUCCGAGAUCUAGCAAGCGGGUUCUCAACGUCGACCAAUAACUACCAAUUUCAUGACCACCAUCGUGGAAAAUUCAUUCAAACUCAUAACAACAAAUUCAACCAAAAUGAUGGUCCCUCGCAACAAAAUAAUCUUGCCUUUCCGAAUCCGUCACUGAAAAGGAUUGACGAGGAUGAGGUGGGAAAGGAUGGACCAUCGCUCUCAGCAAAAUCUACAAAGAGAUCUGUAGUCAAAGGCCAAUGGACUGCUGAAGAGGACAACAUGCUGGUUCGAUUGGUAGGCAAGCAUGGACUCAAGAGGUGGUCUAUAAUUGCUAGUAUUAUUGGUGGGAGAAUUGGAAAACAGUGUAGAGAAAGGUGGCACAACCAGCUAAAGCCUUGUAUCAAGAAAGAUGCAUGGAGCGAGGAAGAGGAUGUGAUAUUAAUCCAGGCCCAUAAGAAGAUGGGAAACAAAUGGGCCAAAAUUGCAGAGCUACUCCCGGGCCGGACCGAAAACAACAUAAAGAACCACUGGAACGCCGCAAAGAGGCGCCAACCCAUUUCCACCCGCCGGAACUACCGAUCCGCUGAGCCCUCCGCCUCUGCCGCUGGCCUCAAGGAAUACAUCCACGCCGUCACUUCCCCAUCCUCGCCGUCAUUGACGGAAACAAUUCAAAUUCCCGCGCCGUCCAAUUGGGUGACGAAUAGCAACUUCGUCAUCGGCUCGUCGUCUGAGGCAGCAACCGGUCCGCCUGCCACCGGCGCCAUGUAUGAUCUGCACGAGGCGUCGGAGCAGCCGUUCCAUUUCGACGCCGACAGCGAUUGGGGAUUUGAAGGCGGAGGAUUCGGGUCUGAUGUGGAGAUUCCCGAAUUGUCAUUUUCUGAUUUCAGUAAUACGAAUUUGUUUGGGAUGUCGAUUGAUAGUUACAACGGCGAGGUUGACGGUCCGGCUAUGGGGAUGGCCGGCAACGGUGGGGAAGAUUAA